UAUUCUCUAAUUAACAAAGAGAAACGAAGAAAAAGAGAAAAAAAAUCGUAAGAGAAAAUCGAUACCAAUGUCGACCACGAUCGCGCAUGAUCAUAGAAAAGAUUAGGAUCGAGAAAUCGAAAAAAUGCAGACUCGCAAUAAUUAUACAGCAAUGAAUAUGCUGUCAAACGUAAUGUUAUUAUUGGCGAUAGUGGCCUUCGUGAACGCAGAGAGCAUCUUAAUGACUGAGGUAUUCAUUAUUCCAAUCAAACCAGAGACUUUCGACUGGAACGAUGAUGCACGUUCCGAUCAAUUCUCGUAUCAACCCUCAUUAUUAAAUGCGCCUGAUCUUCCAUCAUGGAUUCACUAUACGUAUAGCAAAAGAGAUCAUCAUGGUUUUGUAUAUGGUGUUGCUCCCAAGAAUCAAAAAUAUUUUCAGUUGGAGAUUGUAGGUCUAAAUAAAUAUACCUACGAAACUAGAUACAAAGUUCUCGACAUGAACGUCCUUGAGAAAGAAAAUCUGACCAAGUAUGAGGUUCAUUUAAAAAUCGAUAAUCUAAACGUGGAGGAUAUGUUCAAUCGGAACAGAACUAAUGAGCUUCUCGAUAUAUUUAGAAAGAGGUUAUGGAAAGAUGCAGUGAAUUUAUACGUGACUUUUUUAGCAUCUGCAGUCGAGCUUGGCGCUCGUUUGCCUCUGAAGCCAAGUGAAGGCGAAGGAGUUGUUAUAAGGCUAGGAAGUUCGAUGCCAUUCUCCCAAGAGUUGAACGAGCUGCAAGAAGAAGUAAAACCUUUGUGGAAAUUACGCUCCUGUCCUCGAGAUUUUAAGCGUACCAGUGUCGAGAGACUGUUCAGAGAGGCAAGAUUUGCGCUGGAUUGGUGUUCGUUCAGAUUGGUCGAACAGGAGCAACAGAGUCUGCAGCAAGAAAGCGCGAGACGGGGACCGAGUACGAACGUUGGAUUGGAUUUACCGGCUUCAGGAAUUUCCGAGCACACGGAGUGGCGAUGGGCCAGAUCGAGCAAAGCCAGCAUUCCCACGAGAAGUUACUUUGAAGAAAUUGUCACCACGAUCUUUGUGUCUGUUAUUUUGUUUUUCGUAUUGGCCGCUUUGCUCAGCACGCUCUUGUGCCUGGAUCACGAGAAAAUGUAAGUAUAUAUAUAUCGUUGUUUCUUUUGUUUCGAUACGAAUGUCUUUGAAUUUCUUUCUCAAUAUUCGAUUUCUUUAUUUCCCGAUAAAAUCGGGGAAACGAAACGCAGUACAUGUGAAUAACGGUGAUCGAAAGAAUGUCAAGUGAAAUAUUUGUCAUUCUAUACGAGGCACGUGCUCGAGAAAUAAAUUCCAAUGUAUAGCAGCAUGAGGAACGAAUAUAAGUGGUAGGGGCGUUAAGAGCAGAUAGAGGGGGCUGCUACUACAACUGGUUUCAUUCAUAAACAGCUACGAUAUCUGGUCAAGUAGUAACGUGCUGGACGUUGCGAUCGAAAAUACGGUUACGGCGAAUCGCGUGCUUGAUAAGCAUGAACGGCGCUGUCUGUACGAGGCGAAAUUAUAAGUGCUCUUUAUAUGAUAAUAUGAUGAUAUAUAUAAUAUAAUGAUAUAUUGAUGAUAUAAAUUUAAUUGCUUAUAUUUAAUUUAACGAAGAAAUACUUUUUGAGAAACGGAUAUAAAAUGAAAAGAGGAAAGUGAAUAUUUUUUGAUGGAUGAAAAUCGCGAAAAUGCAUUUGGUACAAUAAAUAACGAGAUAUUUAUAAAUAUAAAUAAAUAAGCGAUUUUUCUCUUAGAAAUACACGUGUAAUAACAAGGGAUAUAAAUAGAAAUCGGGUUACAUCGCGACCUGUGUGCCACAACGUACGUCGAUUAAUAUACACAGUUCACUUAUCGUUGAAGUAUGUAGCGCAUCAUUAAUCUACCAAGCUCUUGGCCAUGACUAACUACUUGUUCAAGAUACGGAAUCAUUUGAGCUAAGAAGAAUGCGAUGCUUAUUAUAUAUUAUGCACCAUCAAUAAAAGUGGACAACCUAAAUAUUUAAAA